UCACAGAGGGCCUGGUCCUCCCGGUGUCCUAGAGCUUCCCGGAAGUGUCUCUGAGUCUCCACGGGACCAGCCCCCGCUUCCGGCCGGGCCGCCCCCCCGCUAUCCGCCAGGCUGUUCAGCUGCAGGCCGCACACGCCAGGCAGUUGCAGCUAGGACCUGCCUGUGGGCCGGCUGACCGAAAAAGAGGAAGCAGCCAUGUCUGCCGUGGGGACCACAGCACCAUACCUGAAUCACCCUGGGGACAGUCACCGUGACCGGGUGAGUUUCCUGGGGGCCCAGCUCCCCCCAGAGGUGGCAGCAAUGCCCCGCCUCCUGGGGGAUCUGGACAGGGGCACAUUCAGAAAGUUGCUGAAGCUGGUGGUCAGCAGCCAGCAAGGAGAGGACUGCCGUGAGGCUGUGCAGCGCCUCGGGGCUGGAGCACACCUGCCUGAGGAGCAGCUGGCUGCCCUGCUAGCCGGCACGCACACGCUGCUGCAGCAGGCCCUCCGGCUGCCCCUGGCCAGCCUGAAGCCUGACGCCUUCCAGGACCAGCUCCAGGAGCUCUGCAUCCCUCAAGACCUGGCCGUAGACUUGGCCAGUGUGGUGUUUGGGAGCCAGCGGCCUGUCCUGGACUCCAUGGCCAGGCAGCAAGGGGCCUGGCUGCCCCAUGUCACUGACCUGCACUGGCGGGUGGACGUGGCCAUCUCCACCAGCGCCCUGGCCCGCUCCCUGCAGCCGAGCGUCCUGAUGCAGCUGAAGCUUUCGGAUGGGUCAGCGCACCGCUUUGAAGUCCCCAUAGCCAAGUUCCAGGAGCUUCGAUACAGCGUGGCUCUGGUCCUGAAGGAGAUGGCCAACCUGGAGAAGAGGUGCCAGCGCAAACUGCAGGACUGAUGCACUUGCGGGUCCUGCUCCGGUUGCCUGCGGACAGCGCCAAAGCCAAGCCGGCCCUGCCCCGGAGCCACUCCUCAGGGAGUGUCAGCGUGGUCAUGUCAUUCUGUUUACUGAAAAGGACAGCUGUGUCUUUAUUUUGAAGUAAAGUAACUAUACAAACGUC